AUGAUGGCUGCAUGCCAAAAUGUGGAAACGUACGCAGCAGCUCAAGUCUUCUACUGGGUCGGCUUCAACGGAAUGGCAUAUGUGCUUGACGUAUUCAUGGCAGAUACUUCAAUUCUGAAGAAUCGAGCUUUAGUAUUUGCUUUCUCAACAACACCAUACAUCGUUACAAUCUUUGCUGGUCCAAGAGCUGCUCAAUCAUUCCUCGAGACUAGCGGUUUUCGAUGGGGAUAUGGAGUGUAUACCAUUAUCACUCCUAUCAUCACUUUACCUAUUCUGACACUUCUCUGGCGAAAUCAACGCAAGGCCACCAAAUUGGGCUUGUAUGUCAAGGAAAAGAGUGGACGUACAUUGGCGCAAAGCGUUAGCCACUACUUCUGGGAAUUUGAUUUUAUUGGUCUCAUUCUCAUUAUCGCGGGCUUUACCUUGAUCCUCCUCCCAAUCUCCCUAUCGACUUACCAAAAGAACGGAUAUCAGUCACCCAUGAUCAUCGCCAUGCUUGUCAUCGGAGGUGUCUGUCUGAUCGCAUUUGCGCUCUACGAGAAGUUCCUCGCACCAAAGUCUUUCAUUCCAUUCAAGCUUCUCGUUGACCCUUCAGUUGCUGGAGCAUGUAUGCUGGCAUGCUUCCUGUUCCUGAGCUUCUACAUAUGGGACAGCUAUCUCUACAGCUAUCUGCAAGCUGUUCACGGUCUCUCGGUCACCAACAGUGGAUAUGUUUACAAUAUCUACUCGAUUGGAUCUUGUUUCUGGGCUGUCAUUUUCGCGGGCAUGAUUCGUUAUUUUGGACGCUUCAAAUACCUCGCCAUGGCACAUCUCUGCCUUCAAAUUCUCGGUGUCGGGCUCAUGAUCCUACUCCGAAAGCCUAACUACGGUAUCGGCUAUGUGAUCAUGACCCAGAUUUUCAUCGCCUUUGGGGGAGGUGGGCUGGUCAUCAGUGAAGAAAUGGCUGUUAUGGCUGCAGCACCGCACGAAGGCGUUGCCAGUAUGUUGGCGCUCAUCGGACUAUUUUCUUCCGUUGGAGGAGCAAUUGGAUCUGCGAUUUCCACUGCUAUAUACACCAAGAAAUUCCCGGAGGCACUUGAUCGUUAUUUGCCUGGCAAUGCUACACUAAAUGCGCAGUUGUAUGGUAGUCUGCCAAUCCAGUUGAGCUACCCUAUGGGCUCGCCAGAACGUGAUGCAGUUAUUCUGGCUUACGGAGAUGCCAUGUGGUACCUCACUAUUGCUGGAACUGUAGUACUAGUUCCGUGCUUCUUCUUCAUUGGGAUUUGGAAGGAUUUCAAGAUCAAGGAGUUGAGACAGGUUAAGGGCACAGUUCUGUAG